AUGGGCAUCCUCGCCACCAACCAACAACCUCUGCCUACCGCUUCAGCGAUGGCCACCACAUCAACAUCCCUCCCACCUCGCGACCGCGACGGUUACGCCCUCCUCGGCGGCCUCCCUGUCGCCUCUAACAGGUUGACCGUUCGCCAGCGCUGUGGUGAGUGCGGCCUUGGUCGCAACCUCUACGCUUCUGCCUUGUCGCACACAUACACCCAGUGCACGAGGCAGACGCUCGCGACGGUCGACUCGGCGAUCGUUCCCACGCCUCGUCUGGUGACCUGGGUCAAGGGCGUCAACCGCGCGCCCGGUCACUUUGCCCUCGUCGCCAACGUGGUGGUCGACAAUGGCGGUGGUGCCAGCACAACCUACGUCGCUGGCACGCGUUUCUGCACUCGAUGGGUCUCUGCCGAGGCCGGAUCCAUCAGUGGAGACACGUGCGGCCGCAACGCGUGCACAGACCUGCACCGUUGCACGUUGUGCUUGCGCACACACCCGCCAGGUGUGUGCGACAAGUACGCGUAUGUUGACUCCGCCGACACCGGUCGCCGCGCCGCUUUGGGUGUGAAGGCUGGUGGCGGCGGCGCCCCCGUCGGCGCAAUGCUCGCCAUGUCCUCGACCGACAACGCGCAGUGCGUCCCGGACGCCAGCUACAAUGGCCGCCCGCCGCCCCCUCGAUAUGCCGAGGUCAACCUUCCGUGCCCCGUCGAGGUCCUUUUCGCCAAGCCCAUCGACGGGCACGCCACCCGCGUCGAGUUUGACCAUGUCCCCACUCGCCAACGAGUGGCCGACAUGGGCAACUGCGUGCCCCUGCUCCCGGGCUACGCCUCGUGCUUCCACGAGGACCACUUCCACCAGGUUCUCGGAGACACGGAGGCGUACACCCGCUUCCUCGCCCUGCUGGACCCCGCCAACGUCAUUGCCCACACGCCUGAGCAUGAUGCCGCGGUCCAGCAGCGCGACACCAAGAUCCUCGACACCCUCGUCGAGAUGGCCCAGUCGGGCAAGCCACUUCCAGGCCACCCCUCCCGCGCGAGGGUAGUGACAUUCUUUCACUACCCCUCGCGCUCCAACACCUCGGACGCCGUCACGCACCAGCGCCACGCCACCCAAGUGGCGAUCAGGGCCGGCCUGCGUUCCGAGCGCGAAAGCGGGCUUCCGUCCGCUUUCUACAACUACUUCCCCGAGCAGGUGCUCUCGCCCGACCAGUUUGCCGCCGAGGCCGCAACUGGCGCCGACAUGGGCGAGGAGAUCCUGUUCGCGGAGCUCGGCAAGGGCCACAAGGCGCUCGACGACUUCCACAUGUCCGAGCUCCUUGGCCGCGUCAAGACGCCCGGCCUCUUCCAAAUGGUCGUGGCGUACGGCGACGAGCCCAGGCGCGUGGUGAAGAAGACGGCCGACCUCGCCGAGCUUGACGACGACCUCGUCGUUGUCAAGUUCAAGAUCUCCCUCCGCGAGGCCGAGCCGUUCGAAAUGGGCCUCUUCUGCCCCGCCACCCUCGUGCUGAAGCACGCCCAUGCGCACGCCACCCUCGCGAGGGAGGGCUGCACCGUGCGCUGCCUCAACCCAGCGCAAGCUGGUCGCGCGCCAUUGCCGGCGGCCUUUGUCGACGAGACGAGCAAACACAUCAGCUCGACUCGCGACAACAUCAUCCGCCGAUUCCGCGACUACGCCCACCUCGGCCAGCAUGACCCCUUCCACCAAAAGGUCAUGCCCGAGGGCUACGGCAUCGUCACCGCCAAUUUCUUCUUGGUGUACAACCCUGCCCAACAGGGUUGCAUCAUGAUGACCUCGGUGCCACACCCGACGACCCUCCGACUGUCGACGGGUGCCCGUACGGGCCUCACGAACAUGAGCUCCGCCCAGCUCAUGGACCAUGUUCACGCGUUGGCCUUCCGGGUCCUCACGGGUGCCCCUGCCUGUCCUCCAACGUGGCUUUGCACCACCGAGGAGUACAACCGCAGGGAAGCUGCCAAGGUCGGCGGCAGCGACGUCUGGCGCGCGCGCGUCCUCGACACCACCGGCAUGACCGAGGUCCCGCCCAACUUCGUCCCGGCAGGUGUCAAGGAGCUCCCCAAGAGCCUCGUUGUCUACGGUGUGACGCCCGGCACGCCUCGCUCGCUCGACCACGCCCCCACGUACCUCGAGCGGGUCGAGUUUGUGCUCAACGAGCGCGCCAGGCGCAACAACAGGACCCCCAUCACACCUGUUGCGCCGGCCACCCUCACGACCGCCAACGCCACCGCCGGACUCUCCACCUCGUCGUCGUCGUCGGCACCGUCGUCGGCACGGGCCGACAAGCACCUGGCCGCCAACUCGGCAAAGUCCAACUUCUACAAGGCCGGACCGACGUACCAGUCGGUCUGCGCCUGUGGCUUUGUCAACACGGCGGAUACAUGGUCGACCAGCGACGACCGCAGGCCGCUUAUCCGCCGUGUCGAGCACUGCAUCUGGCCGGACCACCCCGCAGGCCAAACCAAGUCCUGCCUGGCGAACAUCCCGCUCGACCCCGCGCUCCGCGCCAAGGCGGUGUUCAUGGACAACAACACCAAAAUACAGGUUGUUCCAUACACCGACAGGGCGUGGGUCAUCAAGACUGUCGACAUUGCCAUGGUCCAGGCGGACACGUCGCAGCACAUUGGCGCAUAA